AUAGACGCAGCACGUGCGUCCGCCGCGGCUGACGUCGCUCCGGCCGCGUCCACUCCGCGGCAAGAUCGCGCCGAGUUCGCGCCGCGAAACUAGCGCGAAUCACACAAAACUUCACCCAAACCGCGUUGUGAUUAAAUGCGGAGCUUAUUUAAAAGUUCACCGCACAAACUAACUAAAAAGUUCCGUCUUCAGACUUUGCGUCGGAUUUUCUUCCAAAAAUAAAUAAAUUUAUUUAUAACCUCGUCGAGUUAGAAUGUAAACAUUUUGUAUCUUUCCUAUCGUAGUGGCCUUGCUUGUUAUCUCUCACCGGUGAAAGCUUAUUGUCGCGUUUUUCGAUAGUUAAUUGUGAUAGUUCUAUUUAUGUAAGUGUUUUGUGUGUGUUAGAGUUUACAUUUAUUAGAGUUGUUGAAUACGGUUGGAUGUAUUUUUGGUAUUAGAUUAUUGUAAGCUUAAACGAAGAUACGCAACGAUGUGCCUUAACGAGUAAUAUUGUCGUCUGUUAAUUUGUACGGCGGCCGUGAAAUUUUAUCUUCGAAGGUUAACUCGAGUCUGAGUCAUCGCUUCAAUAUGCAGAUAGUUGUUUUGUCUAUUCUGCUUCUUCUACCAGAGCCGGCACCUGCUUGGAGAUCUGACACGGUCAGAGAAUGGGCAAGAACAUUAGGAGAAGAGUUAUGGCGUCUGAGCGAAUCACUGACGAAAUCAGACCAAAUCAGGAUCAAAUACAAACAAAUGAACGCUAGUGUUAAAAAGAAAGAUGGUAAACAGAUUUUGGAUUCGUCACUGCGUUCCGUCAGUACGAUGCUUACAAGAAAAAUUAAUGCUGUCAAGUGUAUCCAUGCAACAGCAGAACGCCUUGCGGCUGAGUUUGUGUACGACAAUAGAACAGAUUAUACAUAUUGCUCGGCCAAAUAUUCGCAGUUUUACGACGAACAUGGCACUAAGAUUGAAGGGGCCGACGAAAUACCUAAAUUCGCACUAAACAACCCGCACUACAAAGACGUGUCAUUGGAGAAAGAUUCCCAUUUUUAUGAUAUUAAUGUAAAUACAAGCACAAGUUGCAUCCAUGUUCCAACAAACAUUUAUUAUCAAGAGACUGCCGCACUAAACGCAAUAUUAUGGUCGAAACAAUUGGACGAAGUUUUCAUAAACAACUACAAGUCUGAUCCAUCACUGGUGUGGCAGUAUUUUGGAAGUGCACACGGCGUAUUGCGUUUUUACCCCGGAAUGCCAUGGAAGAAGGGUGGAGCCGACACGUAUGACUGCAGAGUCAAGUCUUGGUACAUAGAAGCGGCGACAUGUUCCAAAGAUGUGAUCGUUCUCUUCGACGUCUCUGGUUCAAUGACGGGAUUUAAAAACUAUGUAGCGAGGAGGACGUUGGACGCUUUAUUAGCCACUUUGUCUAACAACGAUUAUGUUAACGUGUACAAGUUUAAUUCCACGAUAUUGGAAGUGGUGGACUGUUUCAAAGGCCUAGUACAAGCGACGCCGGAGAAUGUGGCGACAAUAACAGAUGCUCUCGAACCACUGGAAGACGGUAAAAAACCAAAAGUAACAUUGGAAGGCAACGCUAAUCUCACGACGGCCUAUAUUAAAGCUUUUAAGACUCUUAAGGAGGAAAGGGAAAGGAAGCAGUGUAAUGUGAGCAGUACUCAAGGAUGUAAUCAGUUGGUGAUGCUGAUAACAGACUACGUGCCUGGAAAUCUAACGGAGGUGUUUGAGGAGCAUAACAGAGAAGUGGUCGAUAAUAAGACUUACAUACCAGUGAGAGUGUUCACAUAUCUUAUUGGUAAAGAGGUGACUAAUGUCCGUGAAAUACAGUGGAUGGCGUGUCUUAACAGAGGUUACUUCGUGCAUAUCCAUUCAGUGGAAGAGGUUCAGCAGCAGGUGCUAAAGUACAUCAAGGUCAUUGCUCGCCCCAUGAUCUUGGAAGGCAAAGACCCACCCCCUACUUGGACACAUGCAAACAUCGAUGAUACGAGAACUAAGAAGUGGGAUGUGAGCAAAGACGUCGAGAAGCCGGAUGAAGACAAACUGGUGACGUCAGUGGCAAUACCUGCGUUUGACAAGACAGACAAGAAUGGCAAUAACGCUUUACUGUUGGGGGUCGCUGGUACCGAUGUGCCUAUAGACAGCAUUGCUAAGCUCGCACAACCUCAUCAGCUUGGCGUCAAUGGAUAUUCAUUCAUUGUGAGCAACAACGGAUACUUGCUGUUACACCCGCUGCUAAUUACUAGCAUCAACAAGGAACUUCAAAAGAAUUAUAAUAGUGUCGAUUUCGUUGAAGUGGAACAAGUAGAUGAUGGGAAAGGACCUAGAGAGCUGGGAGACAAGAUCAAAUUAUUGAGGGAGAAUUUGGUCAAUGCACGCGAGGGCAGUAUGAUGGAGGUUGAGGUUCUAUACCAUUAUGACAAUAUGAGGAGGAUUGCGCGCGUGAAACACGAUUACUUUUUCAACAAAUUGGAAGGCACUCCAUUUUCGAUGGGUAUAUCUUUACCCAUGGGAUAUGGAGAUACAGAACUUAUGUUAAAAGAUAAUCCCCUUGAGGCGAAACAAGGACAAGAGCUUGUCGGUGUUAAUGUUACCACAUACUUCGAUUUUGCUUAUAGAGUUCAUCCGGAUUGGGUCUACUGCAAAUACCAUUACUUAGAGGGCCAUGAAUCGCAAAAUGCAGAGAUCGAAAUUUUUAAAUUUUUAGUGAAUAUAUCGAGAAAUGAAAUAGAUAUAACCAAAAAACAAUAUGGAGAACAAGCACCAAGUGUUGAAUUUGACGUUAAUGAACACUGUAGCACAACGCCACUGGGGCGAGAUGAUUACUACUGCAACGAAGAUUUAGUGAAACAAUUAGUUUUUGAUGCAAAACUUUCAACUCCUUACUUCAGAACUUGGGAAGCCACUGAUGAAGAAAGACGUUUGGCUGAGAAAUACAACGUGAGCGUUCGCUUUAUUGCUACAUCUAGUGGAAUGACUCGAUGGCAUUAUAUUUAUGAUGACACUAAAAACGAAAAGGUUGAUAAAGAAGGAAAUAGAAUGAAAGAAUAUCCUGGAAAAGUGUUCGGUGACCAUUACUACAACGCAAUCGAAGAGACCUGGUACAAAGGCGCAGUUUUACAACAUAUGAUAGAUAAAGAGUCCCUGGUGAUAGCCACAAAACUCCCCGUGCUAGAUAAAAUUAUUAAAUCGCGACCACCUGUUGCUAACAAAGAUGGAGACAUUAUUAUUACAGCUAGCUAUGCUAUAUUCUACAAGGAUGGAGAUUCGAAGACUCCUGCGGCGGUUGUUGGCUUCCAGUAUAUGUUUUCUAAUUUUCAAGAUAUAUUUUUUAAAAUGACCGAGAGUACAAAGGGCGAGUUAAAAUGUGACGAGGAUAGUAACUACGAUUGCUAUGUCAUAGAUAGCUCGGGAUACGUAGUAAUGAGCAAAGACAGUAAGGAUGUGGGCCAGUUCUUCGGAUCAGUGGGGACUGGAAAGCAUACGCAGCAAGUGAUGCAAUCCUUCGUUGAGAAAAAUGUGUUCGAGUAUACGGAGGUGUUUAACUAUCAAGCUCUGUGCCCUGAUAGCAUACGAGAAGUCUCUGAUGCUAAUUGUGGUUUCUCUGUAGACACACCCUUACGUGUUGUAUCGAAUUUCUUCAAAUGGUUGUUAGUUGAGGCCUUUUUAGGAAUAUUUAAUAUUUUUAAUUGCAUUAACCAUACAUAUGCAGUGAGCAUCCACAAAGUGUACGAUUACGUGGCAGAUGAUUCCGAAUUCCUAGAAAUAGAAACAGAAACAGAAUCAAAUUCGUACGAAAGUACGACAACCAACGUUCCACCAAUCAAAAAUGAAACCAAAGAGCCCAAAGAAAAGGAAGACGAGAAAGUGUUUUCUUGCGAUCACAGCAUCACAUUAUACAUACUGAACCAGUCACACUUCUUAGACUCCACGGGAUUGUAUGUCGUUGUAAAUGGUGAAGAAGAUAAAUGUAACCCACCAUAUUGGGCUACACUGGUUACAAAGACCAAUCUAUUGUUAGUGGUGCUUGAAAAGGGGCCGUGGACGUACGAUGGUUGUAAGGAGCCACCAAAGAUAGAACCGAUACCAACUCCGGCAUCCCGGAAGAGUAGCGAACCGUGUCACAAACUAGACUUAGGAAGGUUACCUCGAAGACCAUUGGAAGGAUGUUACACUUAUCAUGACAAGGAAAGAAACAUAACGGAGUGUGGUAUAGGAAGCCUUACAAGAGCUAACAUUGUGACACAUAUAUGCAUGAUCCUAUUAGCGUUGUUAGUGUCGAAACUAUACUUAUGAUAAAGAUAAAAAAUAUUUAUUGUUAAUUACAAAAUGAUAUAUUUCGUCCCAUAGAUUUGUACCUUUCUUACUUUCGGAAUAAACAUAUUUAUCCUU